AUGUUUGAAAUAAAAAAAGAGAUAAUACAAAACAGCAAGAAAAAAGACACUGAUUCAUUCAAGAAAUCAGAUGAUAACACAUCAACAUAUAACAGCAAGGAAAGUGUAAAUAAUUUUGAUAAAUGUGAAAACAACAGUAGUUCAUGUUCAGAUGAAAAAAUAAGUAAAGAAUAUCCUCGUGUACAGAACACACUCGAUGACAGCAACGAAAAUCAUAGCGGUAAUAAUCGCAGAAAUAAUCGAAGCAAUAACAACAAUAACAACAACAAUAACAAUAACAACAACAAUAACAAUAACAAUAACAACAACAAUAACAAGAACAAGAACAAGAACAACAAGAACAACAACAGCAGUAAUAACCAUAAUAACUUUUUUUACGAAAGCUCGUUUCAUAAAAAGAAAAUAAAGAAAAAAAUAUACUCUCCUUUUAUCCGAAAUAAUAGCGAAUAUUUUCAAAGUAGUGAUGAUAUAAGUAGCAAUAUUAGCAGCUGUACUAUUCGAAAAGGGAAUAAAGAAAUUCUGAACAGUAAAUAUAAUUUGAAUAAAAGCACAGACGAAGAUAAAAAAGAUAUAAACAAUUGUAAAUUACAAGAUUUUACCCAUCUACAGAAUAAUUUGUAUGAAAGAAGUUUAAACAAUUCGUUUAGUUUAACACGGAACGAAAUAAAGUACUACUGUGAAAAUAAUAGAGUCAAUAAGCAUUUCGGUGAAGAGGGAGGUAAGGGAAACUUGAAAUUAAAUAUGAACGGGGUUAGCUUAGUUGGUGGAGUGAACAGGGUGAACGAUGUUACCCAUAACAGUGCUAAUCAUAACAAUGCUAGCAGCUCAUACAACGAGGAGAACUUGUUUUACAAACCUAAUAAAAUAAGCUGUGAGAGAAAUAAAGCACAUAAGAAGUCUCCCCUAGGAUGUAAUUUAAAAAAAACAAAUAAUAUGAAUUAUGAAAAUGAUAAUACUAUGUUUAGUGAAAUGGUGAAAAAAUCAUUUGAUAUAAAUGAAAAAUGUAUUAACAAUAAUACAAAAAUAAAAAUAAAAAGAUUAUGUGAAAAAAUUGAAGGGUUUGAAAAAGAAAUAAAAAAUGAAAUAUUACAAAAAAAAAAUGUAGAAAAAGAAAAAAUUUAUGUUAUUAGAGAAGCAAUUAAUAAACUGGAAAAAAAUUUAAAUAAUGAAAUUAAAAAAAGAAUUGAACAUAAUAGGAAUAUUCAAAAUAUAUUUUCAUCCGAGAUUUUAAAGGUACAAGAAAAAAUAGAAAACGUUGUAAAUGACAAAGUAAAUGAAAUUGAAAAUGCGAUAAAAGUUCUAAACGAUAAAAUUAAUACUAUAAGUGUUAAUAUUGAAAAUGAAAAAAUUAAGUGCAUUCAAAAUUUAGAGAAGAAGAAUAAUAAUAUAGCAAAAGAGUUUUCUAAUCUGCAGUCUUCUUUUCAACAAGACAAAAUAAAUAACAAGGAAAAGGAAAACAACAUUUGUAAGAAGCUCGAAGAAAUUGAGAAAAAGUCCGAGAGCAAAAUAGAGACAGAAAAGAACAUUCGAGACAGCAAGUACCAGGAAAUAAUAUCAUAUAUUGAAGAAAUAAAAAAGGAGAAGAAAGGGAAAAAUGAGAAUUUUCAAAAUUUUGUACUGGAAGAAAUUGCAACAAUAAAAAAUGGAUUAAUAUUAGAGUCUCAAGCAAGAGAAGCGGCAGAUGAUGAUAUUGUACAGGCAGUUAAUCACUACACAAAGGCAUUACAGGACUCACUAAGACUUAUCAAUUCGAAUUAA